ACAGCUGCCAGAUCUUAGUAUUCCGUUAGCAGCAGGGGAUCAGUAGCACAGCUACAGACAGACAGCGCGGAGACCCUCUGGCACCAACCCACUGUAUGGGGAAACGCUGAACGAGCCAGGACACAAGUCAGACAGAGAGACCUCAACAGUAGCCACCAUGCCAAAAACUAUUAGUGUACGUGUGACCACCAUGGAUGCUGAGCUGGAGUUUGCUAUCCAGCACAACACCACGGGAAAACAACUUUUUGACCAGGUUGUGAAAACCAUUGGCCUUCGGGAAGUAUGGUUCUUUGGGCUACAGUAUCAGGACACAAAGGGCUUCUCCACAUGGCUAAAGCUCAACAAGAAGGUGACAGCCCAGGAUGUUCGGAAAGAUAGCCCACUCCUCUUCAAGUUCCGUGCCAAGUUCUACCCUGAGGAUGUGUCUGAUGAACUGAUCCAGGACAUCACCCAGAGGCUUUUCUUCCUGCAAGUGAAGGAGGGAAUCCUAAAUGAUGAUAUUUAUUGCCCUCCAGAGACUGCAGUGCUGCUUGCAUCAUAUGCCGUGCAGGCCAAGUAUGGAGAUUACAACAAAGAAGCACAGAAGCCAGACUAUUUAUCAGGGGAUAAGCUUCUUCCACAGAGAGUUUUGGAGCAGCAUAAACUCACAAAAGACCAGUGGGAGGACAGAAUCCAUGUUUGGCAUGAGGAGCACCGCGGAAUGCUCAGGGAGGAUGCUAUACUGGAAUACCUGAAGAUAGCACAGGACUUGGAGAUGUAUGGAGUGAACUACUUCAACAUCAAAAAUAAGAAAGGCUCGGAGCUUUGGCUUGGCGUGGAUGCUCUCGGCCUGAACAUCUAUGAACAGAAUGAUCGGUUAACACCAAAGAUUGGCUUUCCAUGGAGUGAGAUUCGAAACAUUUCUUUCAAUGACAAGAAAUUUGUAAUCAAACCAAUUGACAAGAAAGCUCCCGACUUUGUGUUUUAUGCUCCACGGUUACGGAUCAACAAGAGGAUAUUGGCACUAUGCAUGGUGAACCAUGAGCUGUACAUGCGCCGCAGGAAACCAGAUACCAUUGAAGUGCAGCAAAUGAAGGCUCAAGCACGUGAGGAGAAGCACCAGAAGCAGAUGGAGAGGGCUCUGCUGGAGAAUGAGAAGAAGAAGAGAGAGUUGGCUGAGAAGGAAAAGGAAAAAAUUGAGCUGGAGAAGGAAGAGCUGAUGGAACGACUAAGGCAGAUUGAAGAUCAGACAAGGAAAGCGCAAGAAGCUUUGGAGGAACAGACCCGAAAGGCUCUGGAGCUGGAAGAAGAGAGAAGCCGGGCACAGGAGGAGGCAGAGAAGCUUGCAAGGGAGCGAUUGGCUGCGGAGGAAGCAAAAGAAGCCCUACUGAAGCAAUCUCAGGACCAGAUGAAGAACCAGGAGCAUCUGGCUGCUGAACUGUCUGAGCUGACUGCAACAAUCAGCCACCUAGAAAUUGCUCGACAGAAGAAGGAAGAGGAAGCCAUGGCGUGGCAGCAAAAGGCUCACAAUGUGCAAGUUGAUCUGGAGAAGACCCAGGACGAAUUGAAACUGGUAAUGACCACCCCUCAUGUACCGGAGCCUGUGCAUGCUGAGAACGACCACGACGAUGAGCAGGACGAGAAUAACGCAGAAGCCAGUGCAGAACUUAAAUCCGAAGCAAUGAUCAAGGACCGAAGCGAAGAAGAUCGCACCACAGAAGCAGAGAAGAAUGAGAGAGUGCAGAAGCACCUGCUGCUAUUAGGCUCUGAGCUCGCCAAUGCCAGAGAUGAAACCAAGAAAACCACCAAUGACAUCCUCCAUGCUGAGAAUGUGCGUGCAGGAAGGGACAAAUACAAGACUCUCCGUCAGAUCCGCCAGGGCAACACCAAGCAGCGUAUAGAUGAAUUCGAAUCCAUGUAACAUCCUAUAACCUCCUCAUCCAUUCCACAGAUCUGUGUCUUUCCUUUCCAUGGCUCAGCUGGAACCGCCACUCAAAUGAGUCGGGGUCUAAUGCCAUACAAUCAUAGGCAGUUAAGAUGUGAACCAGUCUUUCUCUUUUGCAGGAAGGUAUAAAAUCCACUUUUUUUUUUUCUAAAUAAUCUGGGUUUGUUCUGUUCAUAUUCCACAGGGGGCUGUGGAAACGCUUCUGCAGUACAAGGGUCCAGAAAAUGAACCUCCAUGUGCCCAUUUCCCUUUAUUAAGACCAAUCAUUUUGUUAGGCUUUUUACAUGCCAUAUUCUGCCAUUCCAAAAUCACAAUAUGAAUUUGGAUCUCUCCGCUGGGUUCCUGAAACCUUCCUGUUUGCACAAUGUUUAUUGCAUAAUAAAUCAGUGGGUGACUUUCCACCACCCCUUCCCUUUCUGUUACUGGA